UUUAUUGAACAUUUUAAUAGAAAGCAAAAUAGAUAAAUCCAUUUUAUUUUAUUUUUCCAAACCGGAAGUAGUCUCUGGUGACGUAAUGUAAACAUGGGGGUGGAGCUUUAAGACGGAGAAGAGUAGCGUUCUGCCGGAUGUCCACGAAGUUGAACUUUCAUUAAAAAACAUAAUUAUAAUCCGAUUCUUUACCAACAGAAACGAUUAAAUUAUUUGUAUCCGACGGCGCUUACGCUCAGGGAAUCGUCAAACAUGACCGACGGUAGGUGGGCUGCCUACGAAAGCGGAAGAAGUUCCUGCUAGCAGCAGCACUAGCAGCUAGCUUCGCCGCUAUGCCCGGAAUUUCUCGAGAUUACGCUUCGUGAACGAGAACUCCCCGCAGGCAGCUCGCGCGAGCUGACAGGAGCCCCUGACGGGACUAAAGAGGCUUUUCUGAACCCUCACCCUGGAUGAAACGGCGCACUUUGAAACUUACGCCUUAAAUAAAAUAGGAAGCGACGCGAACAGUCUUAUUGGGAGGGACUCCGGCGAAGAAGGAGAGUCACGUCUGUCAGAAUCUUCCCUUUAAUGGCUGCAGAGAUGCGGACUGACAGCAGGAAACGGCAGCGGAGCUGUGACAGUGAGGACGACCAGCAGCAGGCCAAGAGGUCAGGGAGCGGCCCCAGCCUGCUUCUGUCAGACCUGGACUCUGAGUCCUCCAGCAGCGACAGCAUCCACAGCAACUGCACCAGCCCGAAGCCCGAGGACUGUGCCAGCUCCUUACACCACGGUCUCCAUGGCGACGGGAGAAGUGUCCCUUACUACUACAUCAACAGAGUCCUGAGGGAGGCGCACUUCAGCAGUCUACAGACCAGAGGGCGCCCCGGCUCGACAUGACCGCCGCCGUCACGUCCAGGGAGCGCCGCUUCACCGUAUCCCAUUCGUUAAGCACAUCCGCCUUUUCAUGGCCCGACCACUGUGGUUUUUCUGUGCAGUAUUAAUGUGUAAACGCUCUGUGCACUUUACCAAGAGGAAUCGUUCUCUUUACAUGGACGCGUUCACGGGUGCUAUCGACAAGUGCUUGCGAACAAGAAAAGCACUUUGACUAAUAAUUCCUUCUCCGCCGGAGAAGUCCGAUGCAUGUUUGUGUCAGGAUCUGCCCCCCGCCCCAAAAAAAAUCAGCCGGAAACCUUCACUUUAACCAAAGUUAGAUCAUUUCUGACACAGAAAUGUUAUUAACAGAGCACAGCUUGUAAACUGCAAGAAUCUAAAUUUAGACACGACUGGUUAUUUAUAGAGCUGGAAGAAUAUGGAGCUUAAUUUGGGCCAAUAUCAUUUGAAACCCAAAUAAAACAAUGUGUUUGGCCAAAAGAAAUGUCCAAAACUUUUUGCUAUUCUAAACCCAACUUAAUUAUUUUCAGCUUCAAAUGUUCAAAUGUUUAGGUUUCAAAAUUUUA